AUGUUGCAGAUCUACAAGGAGCUCGACCUCGCGGUCCCCUCUGACGUUACCGUCAACGUUUCGUCGCGUGUCUUCACCGUCAAGGGUCCCCGCGGCUCCCUCACCAAGUCGCUCAAGCACAUGAACCUCGAUGCUCGUAUCAUCAAGAGCCCCGCUGGUCAGAAGAUCAAGUUCAUCGUGUGGCACGCCGCCCGCAAGCACGCCGCCUGCCUGCGAACCGCACAGGCCUGCGUCGCCAACAUGAUCAAGGGUGUCACCGUUGGCUUCCAGUACAAGAUGCGUGCCGUCUACGCCCAUUUCCCCAUCAACAUCAUCAUUGCUGGUGACAAGAAGUCGGCCGAGAUCCGAAACUUCCUGGGAGAGAAGCGCGUGCGCAACAUUGUCAUGCUCGAGGGCGUCACGAUUCAGGAGGACAAGGCGCAGAAGGAUCAGGUUCUGGUGGAGGGUAACGACAUUGACCUCGUUUCGCAGUCGGCUGCUCUGCUUCACGGUGCCACGCUGGUUCGCAACAAGGACAUCCGAAAGUUCUUGGACGGCAUCUACUGCACUGGCAAGGACACCGUUGUCAAGGUAGAGGCUUAA